AUUCAAGCGUACAGCCAAUGUUAUUGUGUAACGUAAUCAGCAGACGACGGACCCCGAGCCGAUCUGGAAGCCGAGCCGAUAUGGUACUUACACCGGCAGCACCUGUGAGACGAGUCAGACGACUGCCUUGAUGUUGUCGGAAAAGUGAAGCCGAAAUGCCCAGUGAAAAGAGGAGGAUUCAGGAGAGAGAGAGACAACUGAAGGAGGCAGCAAAGAGGAGCACCUCACUACAGGGUUGGCUACGAAAAAACCAAACAGCAGAUGAGGAGCAGCCACAAGACUCCAGACACUCUGAAAAUGUGGACCAGGAGGAGGCACAUAGGGCAGAUGAUGAGCCCAGUGCAUCAACUGCGUUCAGAGAGCCAGAGCCAGAGCCAAUCCCAGAUGAGAUCAGGACAGACUGGGAAAGGAGAGAUGAGCAAGAGGAUGAGCAGAGGGAGAGGAGAACAUCAGCAAGGGAGGAUAUUGAGAUGAAGAAUGGGGCAGAAUCCACAGAUUUCGAUUUUUUGCUGAGGUUGGCUAAUCCCACAGAUCCAGCUCAUGUACAGAGCAGCAAUUUAAAAUACAAUCAGACCUUCAUUACAUUUUCUAAUUCGGUCGGACCUUGCCGUCCUAGGGUAAAUUUCCCUAAAAAUUCAGAUGGGCACUCUUUUCAAGCCCAAUGGUAUAACGAUGACCCCUGGCUGGAAUAUUCUCCACUGCAUGAUGCCAUGCAUUGCUUUAGCUGCAGGAAUUUUAUGAAUGAGGAAAGGUUUCAAAGCAGGACAGGAUGGAAGUCUGUAGGGAUAAACUUGUGGAGGCAGGCCAAAGUGAAGAUCAAGGAGCACCGCAGCAGUGAAUUGCAUAUGCUAAGCAUGAUUAGGUGGAAUGCCUUUAAAAAAGAUACACUGCAGAAGGCUUUUGCAGUAGCUGAUUCUCAGAUGGAAGCAGCCAAAGAAAGAGAGAGGCAGAAAAACAGAGCGAUUAUGUUCCGUUUAAUGGACAUCACAUUAUUUCUGGCAAAACAAGCUUUGGCCUUUAGGGGUAAUGAAGAAGGCUUGUCAAGUUCAAACAGAGGAAAUUUUCUGAACCUGGUGGAUUUGCUUGGCCAAUAUGACAGCGUACUCGGGCUUCAUCUUGACGUAGUCAAGGAAAAACAAACAUCAAACCAAAGGUGCCAGGUCUCUCUCCUGUCCAAUAGGACACAAAAUGACCUCAUAAAAGCACUUAGUGUUUAUGUGAAACGAAUCAUACAGAAGGAAGUGACAGAAGCAUCACAAUUUUCUAUUUUGCUCGACGAGACCACUGAUGUGUCACAUAUUGAGCAGGUGUCCUUUGUUGUGCGAUAUGUCCACAACAUGACUAUAAAGGAACGCUUUGUCCAACUAUGUGAUGUGGCAUCAACAACGGGAGAGGCACUGGAGAAUGUAGUGAUGAAGCUACUUGAGCAAAACAACUUAAACAUUCAAGAUGUCUGUGGACAGGGAUAUGACGGAGCAGCCAAUAUGAGUGGACGCUACAAUGGGCUACAGUCCCGGAUUCAGAAACAAAAUGAGAGAGCAUUGUAUGUGCACUGCCAUGCACAUUGUUUAAAUCUCAUUUUAGUUGAGAGUGCAAAAUCCAACAAGCACUUUGUGGAUUUCUUCACAGUCGUUGAGAGGUUGUACACAUUCAUUGCCAACUCUACAAAGCGCCAUGCUGCAUUUGUGGCUACUCAAAAAGCCAUGAAUCCAGACCAACGUGUCCUUGAACUACAGAGGCUUUCAGACACCCGGUGGAGCUGGAGGGAAGAUGCUUUAAAGACAAUUAGGAAGGUCCUCCCUGCUGCCCUACAGUACUUGAGAGAUCUGAGAGAGUGUGACCCCCCCGAUCUGGCUGCAGGAGAGGCUAAAAUGUUGUUGAGCAGCAUAGAUUUUGAAUUUUUGCUCUGUCUUGAAAUAGCAAUGCCAGUGUUCAUGGAGACAUCAGUUGCCUCAAAAGUACUCCAGCAGGAUGACCUGGACUUGGCUGCUGCUUACUCUGUGUUAGAUGGUGUCCUGAAGCGAGUAGUGGAACUGAGGAGAGACAGCCAAUUCUCACAAAUAUACAACACUGCCACAACAAUUGCAGAGGAAAAUGACAUAAACAUUCCGACAAAGAUUCCAGGUAGACGAAGAAAAGUCCCUGCAAAGCUGAAAUACACUUCCCAAUCAGCAAGAGAAGAUGAUGAAGUCCAGACCUUGGAGGAAUAUUACAGGGGAAGGACAUACGAUACCUUCCUGGACAGACUGAGACAGGAACUUGAGAGAAGAUUUUACGGGGAAGGGAAGACUCGGGACAUUGUGAUGUCACUGCAGAGACUCAUUGACCCAGAGCAGUGGAAGGAUAUCGACCAAGGUCUUGAUACAGCACAUUCACAAUGUGAAUUUUAUGGACUUCAGGGGGAAGACACCAACCUUCAAACAGAGUUGAGAGUCUUCCAUGCAUCGUACAAGUGUCCCAAGAGGACAGUCAAGUCUACGCUUGAAAUAUUCAAGGAACACGAUGCUCACAUCAUAUUCCCCACACUGUUCAAACUCAUUAAAAUAUAUGCCACUCUACCUGUCUCCACUGCAACGGUAGAACGUUCUUUCUCCAAGCUGAAGCUGGUAAAAACAAGGCUCCGAAAUCAGUGUGGUCAAGAGCGGCUGUCUGACCUCCUCCUGCUGUCCAUAGAGAAGGACAUACCAAUCAAUAAAGAAGAGGUUCUGAAGAUUUUUAUUGAAAUGGCCCCUACUAGGCGGCUUCUCCUUUGAAGCUUUGCAUUUUUAAUAGGUCAAUUUGGAGAAAGUUAUCAGUGACUUGAUAGGAUGUUGUUUAAUUAUGUUUGUGUUCAUGUUAUGUUCUUCUUCUUCCAGUCAUGUUUUUCUGCAUUGUCGUUAGUAGUAGUUAUUUCAGUGUUUUACUUAUUUGUAUGAAUAUAUUAAUAAAGACCCUGUUAUUCUCAGUCCUUCAUAUGGGUGCCCUUUUUUCAGGUCAGAGCAACUGCCCCUCAAAAUUCCUGUGCACGUCCCUGGUCCGUAGGGUCAUGAUACAAGGCCGUUCAUGCAGUCUAGCUCUGCUGACCAUUGAGAGGACAAUGGCACAGACACUACAACAGACAGAUGGUAUGACAGGGUCACAGAGCAUUUCCUUGAAAAGGAACAGAGAGCAGAAUUUACAUAUAAAUAAUUUGCAAUUUAUAUGAUGCAGGCCGAAAAUGUGCUUCCCCUCUUUGAAAGAACAGCAGGUGCCACUGGUAUGAAUCAGCCUCUCAUCCACAAUGCGUGACUGCGUGGCCUUUGACUUUAAUGAUAUAUUGUGCAAAAAUACAUUUCAAAGUAAUAUAAAAUGUAUUUCUAAGAUCUAAAUUAAUAAAAUUACUAUUUACAAUUGCAAUUUGAUUUGAGGCGUCGAUAUGGUUUUGAGGAAUGUGUUUGCAUGUGUUUGUGCAAACACAUCCUCUCUGGGUGAGUCACCAUAGAAGUUAGAACGUAUCCAGUCCCCAUAGUUGAGGUUAGAGCUUGAACCAUCAGUCACCAUGGGGGUGACAGGCUUGUGGUCCCUGCUGGAGGGAAACAGCCAGAUUUACAAGGACUACCACCUCAGGGACAGCAAGCUAGUGGUGGACGGCAGUAACCUGGCCUACCAUCUCUACUUCAGGAACUUCCUGGACCUGAGCCACGGUGGGGAGUGCCUGGCCUUCCAGGCUCUGGUUCAGGAUUUCUACACGAUUCUGCACAACUGUGGGAUCAAACCUUACGUGGUGAUGGAUGGAGGCUCGAGCAAAAGCGACAAUAAAUUGAAAAAUAUCCUGGAAAGGAACAGAGAAUUUCUGCGGAGGGUCCAGUGCGCCGCUCUGAAGGGCAGGAGGGAGGACAUCCUUCCCCCCUUUACCCUGUCAGUGUUCGAACAGACGCUGAACGGCAUGGAGGUGCCGCUGGUCAGGUGCUUAGGGAUAAUAAAUGGAGAAGAGAGGUAAUUAAAGAUGGACAUCAGGCGGCCAGCAUUGGCCUAGUCAGCGCCAAACCAAAAAAUGGGCAGGGCUAGGGCUAGGCUAAACCGAGACACUCACAAACAUGACAAAAUCUUAAUUAGGGUUAGGGAUAAAUACCCCCAUAUUGUCAACUACUAUCUUUCAUGUUCUAUCAACACAGUUCAUUCCAACUCCUCACUUUAACUGAUGAUAUGAAAACAGAUUCAGGGAUAAGAGACAGCAGCCCUUCAAAGGAGAAACAAACCCCCUGAACAAAUCUUCGAACAAGGCUUUGAGUUUUUUCAUUAAGGGAAAGGCUGCUGGCUUCCCUGCAAGACAGACAUUAGAACCAGACUAGCUGGCUCCCUAAACACCCAUUUAAUUCUGUUUUAAUAAGCAGAGGACAGGUGUGUCCUGUCAACGUUCAAUCAGCAGGGCAUCAGGUAGCACUGUCAGACAAUGACAAUAGCGGUGUUUAACCAAUAGAGGGAGCCAUCGAAUACAAAGCAAUCUAAAAACAUGUGGUUUGUUCCCACUUCCCAGGCAAACCACGCAGGUGUGUCUGGAGACGCUGGGCGUGGAGGAAGAGACGCUGGAGGGAGUUCCGGCUCACCUGCGCCUCCCAGUGGCUGUGACCCGCUACUGGCUGAGGAGGGCCAGCCCUGAGCCGACGCUCCUCAAAGCUCUGCUG